GUAAAAAAUCAGGAAAAAGGAAGAAUUAUGAAAGUGCACCAGCAGCUAAGAGGGCAAAGGAAUGCCAUGCCAUUAAGUGGUAUCCCGUAAAUAUGGUACAAUUCAAACCACAGGGACAUCCUUCAACAUCAAAAGUAACAACAGUGCAGAGCUCACAAAACGUUUAUGAAAAUCAAUCUUCCAGAGCAACUUAUUUUAAGAAAAAUUCCACUCCAGUCACACAUACCAUAACAAGCAGCACUUUUGUUCCAGGCCAACAGACACAAGCUUCAGGGGGCACUUUACCAUCAUCUGCCCACACUCUAGUUUCUUUAUUAUCUUCUCCUCACCUUAAUUUGCAAACCUCAGUUCAGGGAUGCCAAUCACAGCUGAUAAGGCAAAGACAAUACCAUUUUUGUCAAGAUGAUUUGACUGUUGGAAAAGAUAUCUUUGAUUCAUCACAGCUAGGCAACAGAAUUCCAGUUACAAAUCUACCAGAACAUGGAAAACAGAUCCAGACAGGAUUAGAUCAGCAGCAUGUUUUGCAAAACAAAAGUAGUUUGCUACUAAGAACAUCUCAGAGUGCUGGUAGUAGUAUAGCAAGAAAAAAAUCACUACAACUUGAACCACAGGGACAUCCAUCAACUUCAACUGCAACAACAGUGCAAAGUCACACCAGCUUACUUGAAAUUUAUGGAAAACAAUCUUCCAGACCAACUGACUUUCAGAAAAAUUCCAUUCCAGUCACAUAUACCGUAACAAGCAACACUUUUGUUCCAGGAAAACAGACACAAGCUUCAGCAGGGGGCACUUCACCAUCAGCCCAUUCUCCAUUUUCUAUAUUGUCUCCUCACCUUAAUUUGCAAACCUCAGAUCAGAGAUGCCAAUCCCAGCCAGUAAGACAAAGACAAUACCAUUUUUCUCAAGAUUAUUUAGCUGCUCUAAAUGAUACCUUUGAUUCCUUCCAGCCAGGCAACAGAAUGCCAGUUACAAAUCUAUCAGAACAGAACCAGUCAGGAUUUGAUUGGGAUGUUUCACAAAACAAAAGUAGUUUGCUACCAGGAACAUCUCAGAGUGCUGAUAGAAGUGUGUCAAGUAGAUGUGGGGGCACCAGCUUACAUUUAGCCACCCAACAAAGAAGAAGAGAUCAGGUGCAAGCUAACAGAGCUGAAGUAGUCCCAAAGGUACCUCUUCAGCCAGAAAGUAUAAGUGGUGAUGAACCAGUCCCUGACAACACAGCAGGUGGUCAAAUUCCCUCAAACACUCAAGCCUCUUGGGCAAGCUUUACAGAACAAGAUAUAAGUACUUCUUCUGAGGUACCCUAUCAGCUAUGGAAUAUUAGUUACUGUAGUGAUGGACCAGUCUUUGCUUUUCCAAUAAUUGGAUCUAAAUAUGGUCUCACUGCAUCAGAGCCAAGUCCCAGCCAAAGAUUGCCUUCAACAUGUUUAGCUGACAACACUGCAGGUGGUCAAGUUUCCUUAAACACUCAGGCCCUUGGGGCAAGCUUUAUGGAACAAGCAGGUGAUCAAAUUUUCCAAAACGUGCAAGCCUCCCGGGCAAGUCUGAUACAGCCAGGGAUAUUACCCAUUGAUCCUUCUCAACAACCAGCUGCAACUGUAGAUCAGCAACCCAUUUCACAUGAGUCACCCUCUGGAUUGGAUUCAAUCAGUAACAGUACCAUUGGUGUGGCUGCAGCUAGUGACACUGCUGAGCAGUCAGGAGCAACAUCAGAAACUGAUCCUUCCCAACAAACAGCUGUGACUACAGAUCGGGAACCCAUCAAAAAUGAGUCAGACUCUAGCCAGGAUGCGAUCAUGAACAAUACUGUCGGUGUUGCUCAAGCUAGUGACUCUGCUUAUCAUUCAGAAGAUCUGUGCACGCCUUCCGAGAUUUUUGGUUUUUCUGGGCAAAGUGACUCUGUUUUAGAGGAGGGUACAGAUGUGUUCUUUGAACUUUUGACCCCUACUGGAGACCUCAACUUCGUCUCGGAAAUUAUACCCUUCUGCAUCACUUUGAGGGAAGAAUUGCCUAAGGAGUACAAAAAGUUGAACCUAAAGGCCAAUUUUGAGGGUGUUGAUACGGUACCUUUGGAAAUAGAAAAUGGUAAAACACUAACUGGAAACAUAGUAUCUAAUAAGACAGGAAAGGUGAAAGUCAGCGUGGAGUAUGAUGGGUCAGACGGAAGAUCGAUUGGAUAUACCGAUUUUACCUUUACCGUGAAUGCUCAGGCUAUACUUGGAGAAAUUGUUCUAGUUAAGAGUAACCAGAAAUUCCUUUUUGAUGCGUUAGGAAAAACUCCCGGAAUAGAAGGAACUAGUGGUGGUGAUCCUCAAGAGGCUGCCUCUCGUGGUGCAGCCAUGGGAGCAGGAUCUUCUAACCUGAAUAAGACAAGUGAUGCUCUAUCCAUAAGAGUUCUAACCCUACUGUUGUACAAAGCUGCUGAAUUAGAUGGCUAUGAAUUUCUUGAAAUGGUUUUCAGAACCUCAGCUGGAAAAGUAGUUUUUAAACAUUACAAGAACAAUUCUACAUUGCCUGAGGAUGUUGCCAGAGCUAAUGGGCAUGCCAUCUUGGGCGAUUUCUUGGAGAAUGUGAAUAAAAGGUUAGCAGUAGAAGCAGGUAACGAGGACAGCAGUGAAACCAUUAAUUGGUUGGAACUGAAGCAUGCUGCUGAGAAGGAAGUUUGUCUACCUGGUACUGAUGAUGCCCAAUCGGUAGAUUCUCCAGGUGGUGACAUGAACCAGAGUGGCUACGAAGCAGACGAUGAAGUAUCACCGUUGCCAUCACCCGCAGACACUGAUGCGAUUGGUAGCGAAAUGGAUGAUUCACAGCAUGAAUCAUUCAUUCAUGCUGAUUCAGGGCAUAUCACAUUAGAUAAGAAUGAUUCUCUUGAUUCAAUCGUGACCGAAGCUGAAAGGCAACGACAUCAGAUAGGAAACAAUCAACAAGCGGGGACUGGGUCUUCAUUUACAAACAGAGAUUAUUCUGAGGAGGAAAUAGAACCCUCGCCUCAUGGUACAGAUAAUGUGGAGAAAAACUCAGCUCAAGAAUCAUCUGCGGGUGAUUGUGCCGGAUUGAUACCUGAUUGGGCAUACACAGAGGAAAAGAGAGAGCUUGAAAUACUUUUCUUGGAUCCACUGCCAGAUGAUGUUAUAUCAUAUAAGGCUGAUUUUGAAGGUCUUGGAGUGGCCAACCUGAUACGAAAAAACUCUUACACCUUGGUUGGUUAUAAUCCAAGUAAAGGAAAGAUGCCUCUUAAUCACUUUGCAAAAGGAAUUGAAAAUGGCGUAACUGCGUUAAAAAAGGGAGGACAACAAGAGCACACUUUACAAUCCAACCAGGGUGAAAGAGACAAUCAGUGUGCAACUGAAGCUGAAAAGGGCAGAACUGGUUCACUGAAUGGGAUAGUGGUUGAAGAAAAACAAAAGUUUGGAGGUUUUACAUCUGGUAGUGGAGGAAGUGAUUGGUGGUCUUAUUUGAAAUCAUGGCUUCCAUUUCAGGAUAAUUCUGACAAUUGCAGUGAUAAUGAAUUAAGAUACAGAAGAUUCAGUACCAUAAAUUGUUAG